GGGGCUCUGCGCUGUUAGAACUCUAUGGUGGGGAUUUCUAGGCGAGGCCUCCGCGGAGACUCUAUGGUCGCAGCCCGCCCACCCCGAGCGUCCCGCGCGGGCCCUCCGUGUUUACGAUGCCGCCGGCGCCGCUUUCCUGAGGCGGAGACGGGCGCUGCGGCGGCGGCUCUCCCCACUCGUGGCCACCGGCGAGGCCUGGAGGGCCUCUGAGAUACUGAGAUCCCCACGGGGCCGUCUCCCCCAUCCGUUCGUAGGCUGCGUGGUUUUGUUUCCCGAGCUCAAAGCGCUGCUGCGCUUCAUUGCACUGCGUGAGGCAGAAACGGGGGGAGAGUGGAAGGAAACACGCGUGGAAAGUACGACCGGAGUUGCGAGGAGCGCUCAGUGCAGUGGCUGAACGCGUCCAAGGCUGUGAGCUGAGCGGGCACUCUGACUCAGGGCUCCUCGCUGCCUUCCUGGCUGAGUGCAGGGGAUGCGCCGUCCUUCACUGCUUUCAGUGGUUCCUGGAAAAAGAACUACAGCUCUGUCCAUCUGCUGGCUGCUGGAAGAUGGAUUUGGCUGCGAGCUUGGCGGAACGUUGGGGAAAUUAUUUUAUUUAAAAGCUGCUUUGUUUGGGUUUUCUUCGUACAUCUCAUGGUCCGAUGGUGCAUUUUCACCAAAACCCGGGAUAUUCGCUGAUUAUGGAAGAGGUGCACAAGAGCAGCAGCAGCUCCGUGCCGCCCUCCCAGCCCUCGGCCGUACAAGGUACAGCACUGCAGGCAGCUCAGCUCUCUCAUAUUGCUCAACAGAAACACUUGGAGAAGGAAAAAACGAGAGAAGGUUGAGAGAAAUAUACAUAUUGAUGGACAGCACAAUUAAUAAAAGGAUGUCUCUGCGAGGUCCUGCUCCUCUGACAGUUGUUCAGCUUCCUGGAGAGCAAGUCCAGGUCCAGGGAGUGAUUCAGACAGCGCAGUCCUCUUCUGUAAUCCACUCACCCCAGGUGCAAACAGUGCAGGUGUCUUCUCUGUCUGAGAGCGAGGAUUCUCAGGACUCAUCAGACAGCAUAGGCUCCACGCAGAAAGCUCGGGGGAUCUUAGCACGUCGUCCAUCUUAUCGAAAAAUUUUGAAAGAUCUCUCUUCUGAAGAUACACGGGAUAGAAAAGGAGAUGAGGAAAGUCCUGGGGUCUCUACUGUUACGUCCAUGUCUGUUCCCACACCCAUCUACCAGACGAGCACUGGACAGUACAUUGCCAUUGCUGCAAAUGGAUUGCAGCUGGCCAGCGCCAGUGCUGAUGGAGUGCAGGGCCUGCAGACAUUAACCAUGACGAAUGCUGGUGGGACUCAGCCUGGGACAACAAUCCUGCAGUAUGCACAGACAUCAGAUGGCCAGCAGAUACUCGUACCCAGCAACCAGGUGGUAGUGCAGACUGCAUCAGGAGACAUGCAGACGUAUCAGAUCCGCACCACGCCGACCACCACGUCCCUCCCUCAGACUGUGGUCAUGACAUCUCCUGUCACCCUGACGUCGCAGUCCAGUAAGACAGACGAUCCACAACUGAAACGAGAGAUAAGGCUGAUGAAGAACAGAGAAGCUGCUCGAGAGUGCCGUAGGAAGAAGAAGGAAUAUGUGAAAUGUCUGGAGAACCGAGUUGCAGUCCUGGAAAACCAGAACAAAACUCUAAUUGAAGAGCUAAAAACUUUGAAAGAUCUUUACUGUCAUAAAAGUGUGUAAGAAAAGAAGGUAAAACUUUGGUGGACUGUUGAAAUUUUGGAGGAGAAUUUUUUUUUUUAUACUGAAUUUUUUAACUAGAUGAAAGGUCAAAAAGUGAAACUUUUCUACCUAGAUUUCACAACCUAAAGACUGUAUAGAUUUUAUUUACAACGUGUUGGUGACAAAGUACAAAAAGGAGACAAGAAAACCUCACCACAAUUCCUGCUGGCACAACUGGAAACUUUAUAUACAGUCAAGAUUGCAUCUACAACAAAAGGACAUUGGCGUUUUACCAGGCAGGUGAUUAGAACUUCUCUAGCAGUUUUUACCUCUUGUAAUGGGGACAAUAUUUGGUUUCAAUUAAAACGUGGAUGGAAUGGAAUCCUUGCCAUAGUUAACAUUGUUAGUAACAUUUAUAACCAGUGUAUGUUUUGAUUUCUUAACUCUUUCAAUCCUUGCUCUUCCUUUCAGUUAUCUGUAUGUAAAUAUUUUAAUUUGAACCUGUAAGUUGUUAUUUACAGGUGCAGGUGAUAAGAAGUUAAUCCUGUGCUCGAGGCCUAAAUUAUGUUUCCUCUUUUUCAGCUGACAGUUUUACAGGUUUUUCUUUUUGUUGUUUUUUGUUUUUUUUUUCCUUCAAUGUUUGCUGUGUUUAUCAAAGUAGGAAAGGAUCUGCAGAAAGCAGCGAGAGGAGCAGCCCUGAACAUGCCUGGGGUGCAUGGAGUGAUGUUGACUUCAGAGAGCUCAGCACAUCCAAUUACUUUAAAGCACAGUUUGGUAGAAUGAGGGACGGUGCACAGAAGUUUCUGGAGGAUGAUUUCACAAUGGUUUUUUUUAGUUGCUGGGCACGAUAGACAUCUGUAAUGGAACAAGAAAUGGUGUGCUGAUUAUCUAUACAAUUACAUAUGCACUGCUUAUUCUGUCUGGAGAUUCUACUGUGCUUUGGGAUGUAAACCAAAUAGAAGUAUGAUAAAACAGAGAACAGAAGAAUAUACCAAAGGGUUUCAUGAGGUUCUAUGGUUUGUAUGCUGAAAGUAGUGCAAAACUUCUGGACUAAUUUUGUAAAGUAGGCAAUAUUUUGCAAAGUAAUGGUAUCUUUGUAAGAAAAUACUCUAUUGAAAACAGGUAGAUGGUUGGUAUAUUUUGUAGCUGAAUUGUGAUCUUUACAAGUUCCAAAAUUAAGUUUAUAUACGUAUUUUGACAGUUUAUAUAUUUCAUUUUAGUAAACAAAUGGAAUAUUUUGUGAACCAGAUUUUCAAGCAUAUAUUUUUAUGGAUAGCACAAAGUCAAAUGAGAUCCUCUUUGGUGUAGGAGAUAUUUGAAUUAAUUUUAUAUGUCUGUAGGCAACUUACAGAAGAAAUGGAUCUUGGGGGAAAAAAAAUGGAUCGGGGCUUUUUUCCCUACAGUUGAUAAUAUCUGCACGUCAGACCUGAUUGCUCUCAGAGAUUCUGGUUGGUAUCACUUUGAUUUGUUUCAGGCAGACGUUGUGUUUGAUGUGUCCAGGGCUCUUUCUGGGUGUUAAAAUCCACGUGGGCACAGUGCUGGGCAGCACUGGGAGUCCUCCUCACCCCCAGAGCUCCCUCCAACCUCAGCCGUUCUGCCAUUCUGUGACAGACAAAUGCGUGCGCAGUGCUUCUUGCAUGAUGAAUAAAUACACUAUUCUCCAUAGUUAGGAUUGAAUCCUGCUUCCAGAUCUGUCAGUGGGAAUUGCACUAUGGGCUAUGCUGUGCAAAAGAUGUUAGAGCUACAUGUGUGUGUUGUGCUAGCUCGGACCUGAAUGAAAUGAGGAGAUGUGCUCACUCCCCUGCUUUCCGUGUGGUCAGUUUUUAUUUUACUCACUUUGAACUCACGGGUUUCUGAGCAAGCAGAGCUCUUUGCAAGUGCUGUGGGAGAGACUGCACUCCACAGUCCCACUGUUAGCAGGCUAUACAAGAAUUUUUGUUCCAGACUUCCUGAAUAGAACACGUCCAUCAUCCACAACACAUUUCCUUUAGGCCAGACUGGAGUGUGCACUCGUUUUCAGUCAUGUCAAACACAAAAAAUGCUUUUGUUGCACAUCAGCCAUAACGAGCAAUGCUGAGAAAGCCAUUAGAUGAGUAAAUUGCUCCUGGGGGGUGCUCAGCACCUCCAGGAUUGGACUGUCGCUGUCUGCCAUCAGUGUGUGUACACUUCAGAGGGACUGAUCUGCAGUGCUGGGACUGAUGUGACAGCUCCUCUGUGCAGUAUCCUCAUCCUCACUGCGUGCUGUCGUUCCUUUACCUUCUUUUGUAAUACGGAAUCAUAAUUAAUAAUAAAAGCAGUUAUCGCGUGUUGAGACUGUGCAAAACAUGGUGGCCAAUUCUUUCUGUAUUUCAGCAAGUGGAGCAAACACGGAGUGCUGCCAGGCAUAACGUUAGGCAGUCUUUGUCCUCUUUUGGAAAGAGCAGCUGGAUUUUUCAUCACAGAGGUAUUCACCAGUAACGUGGGUUUGCUCCUUAAGUAAUCACUUACCACAAAGUACUGAUUUUGGAUUUACUUCAAAACGUCAGCAGUAAGAGAACAAAAUCUGUAUCCUGAGAGUGAGAGGUGUAGUACCAAAUACUGCUCUGCUGUUUUGUUCCAAACCAACGUACGUGCUUUAUAUGAACUGUAAAUAUUUGUCAAAACAAUUAGAUGGUUGCAGAUUUUGACCUUGGUAAAUAAAGUCGCCAAAAGAUAA